UUUACAAGGAACACCAUCAUCAUGUUGACCACCGCAAAGCGACUCGCCGACUUCGGAUACCGGGGGUUUUCUGCCUCGAUGAUGCUGUUGACACUCUACGGGGGAUACCUGUGCACCAUGCGGGGAUACCGCUACAUGAACAAGCAGAAAGAGCUGCAGGUAGCGGCAGAAAACCAAGACGUGGAGGUCCUCAAGCCAUAGAGGACUGGAACUGAAUAGUUUGUCCACAAAAUCAUGGACAUUUCUGUUCCUCCCAUGGGACUUUUAUGUGAUAACUAUUUGGGUGUGGAAGUUUUGUGUGCCCAGAUGAGUAAAGGAGAAUCUACUCUUCAUUUACUGUCAAGUUCAUAAUUUGUCUGCUUAAAGGAGAAGGGGCAGAGGACUGGAGUUGACUGAAAAAUGGGUUGACUCCUUCCAGCUUAAACUAAAUGUCAAAUCAGUCUCUUAUCAUAACUUGCUCAGAUCAUACUGAAUCAUAGUUUGUGUGGUGGGAUCUUCAAGGUUAUGUACCAACCGUUAAUAUGAAUAAAAACAUCUUACACAAAUAAA